AUGUCUUCGUCCAACUCGAUUAAGCUGCUGACUGGCAACAGUCACCCUGAGCUGUCCCAGCUCGUGGCUGACCGCCUCGGCAUUGAGAUGACCAAGAUCAUGGUCCUUCAGUACUCCAACCAGGAGACCAGCGUCACGAUCGGUGAAAGUGUCCGAGACGAAGAUGUCUUCAUCCUGCAAUCAACACGGCCGAAUGACAUCAACGACGGUCUUAUGGAGCUUCUCAUCAUGAUCAACGCAUGCAAGACCGCUUCGGCCCGACGCAUUACUGCCGUCAUCCCCAACUUCCCUUACGCCCGCCAGGACAAGAAGGAUAAGAGCCGUGCGCCCAUCACUGCUAAACUUAUGGCCAACAUGCUCCAGACUGCUGGCUGCAACCACGUUAUCACCAUGGAUCUGCAUGCCAGCCAGAUCCAGGGCUUCUUCAAUGUCCCCGUGGACAACCUAUAUGCUGAGCCUAGCAUGUUGAAGUGGAUUCGCGAGAACCUCGACGUGAGCAACUGCGUGAUUGUCAGCCCGGAUGCCGGUGGUGCCAAGCGUGCGACUGCCAUCGCCGAUCGUCUCGAUCUGCAAUUCGCUCUCAUCCACAAGGAGCGUGCGCGCCCCAACGAGGUCUCUCGCAUGGUCCUCGUCGGUAACGUGAAGGACAAGAUCGCUAUCAUUGUUGACGAUAUGGCCGAUACCUGCGGUACUCUCGUCAAGGCUGCCGACACUGUUAUGCAGCACGGCGCCAAGGAGGUCAACGCUAUUGUUGUCCACGGUAUUCUCUCUGGUAAGGCCAUUGAGAACCUGAACGGCAGCCGUCUGAACCGUCUGGUGGUUACCAACACCGUCCCCCACGCCGAGAAGAAGGAGCUGUGCGACAAGAUCGAGACUAUUGAUAUCUCGCCCACGCUGGCCGAGGCCUGCCGUCGCACACACAACGGCGAGUCUGUGAGCUUCCUCUUCUCGCACGCCGUCGCGUAA